UCACCCUUAAUUCCGUAAGGGUUGGAACUUGGAACUGUACCUCCGAAUAUGUUAUCACAAGACGCAGAGAUGGAGAUUUGAGGAAGCGCGUGUUUCACUGUGUUUGAUUUUGGAGUGCUAUCGCUAACUCUCAACUGUGCCUGUGGGUGUGGCAUCAUUUGCAUGUACCCAUAUUUGAAGCAAAUACAAGGUCCUCAUUCUUCACUUUCUUUUUGCUCUCUUCUCCUACGUCACUGUUUAUCUAAAAAAUCCGUUAACUUUGUCAAAAUCGUGCAUGCCCACUUUCUCAAAUUGGGUCUUAAUACGUAUACCUAUUUGGGCAAUCGCUGUCUCGAUCUUUACUUCGAGUUCGGCCACAUUAAUGAUGCCUCGAAGGUGUUUGAUGAUAUUUAUCACAAGAACUCCACAUCGUGGAACAUUUGCUUGAAAGGGUUGCUCAAAAGUGGCCAGCUUGGCAAGGCCUGCUACUUGUUUGAUGGAAUGCCUGUUAGAGAUGUCGUUAGUUGGAACUCCAUGAUUUCAGGUUAUGCUUAUUACGGGCUUUUUAGUCAUGCCUUGGAGCUUUUUGUUGAAAUGCAAGGUACUGGUGUGAGACCAAGUGGGUUCACUUUCUCCAUUAUGACGUCAAUCGUGUCAAGUCCCUGUCAUGCUAAGCAGAUUCAUGGUAGGAUGAUUAGAAUUGGAAUGGAUUUGUCUAAUGUAGUGCUUGGGAAUUCCUUAAUAGCUAUGUAUGGGAAGCUUGGUCUUGUUGAUUAUUCUUUUGGUGUGAUUCUGACUAUGGAGCAGUUUGAUGUUAUAUCUUGGAACUCUUUGAUCUGGGCUUGUCAUAGAGCCGGACACCAAGAGCUGGCUCUAGAGAAGUUCUAUCAGAUGAGAACUGUGGAGUUAUUACCUGACCAGUUUACGUGUUCAAUAUUGAUGAGUGUCUGCUCUAACUUGCGAGAUUUGGACAAGGGUAAGCAAGUUUUUGCCUUUUGUUUCAAGAUGGGAUUUGUUUAUAAUAGCAUUGUAUCAAGUGCUGCUAUUGACCUCUUUUCCAAAUGCAACAGAUUGGAGGAUUCUAUCCGGCUCUUCAAAGAACAAGAUCAAUGGGAUUCAGCUCUAUGCAAUUCCAUGAUUUCAAGCUAUGCUAGACAUGAUUUGGGGGAAGAUGCUUUGCAACUUUUUGUGCUGUCCUUGAGAGAGAAUAUCAGGCCAACGGAAUACAUGGUUAGCUGUCUUCUGAGUUCUGUUUCCAUUUUCUUACCAGUAGAAGUGGGUAAUCAAAUCCAUUCUUUGGUUCCUAAAUUAGGUUUCGAGUCAGAUGCAGUUGUUGCCAAUUCACUUGUUGAUAUGUAUGCAAAAUUUGGAUUUAUUGAUGAUGCCUUGAAUAUCUUCAAUGAAAUGAAAAUGAAAGAUUUGGUAUCAUGGAACACUAUAAUGAUGGGAUUGACUUACAAUGGCAAAGUGUCUGUGACCAUGGACCUCUUCAAGGAAUUGAUCAGAGAAUGUAUGUCACCAGAUCGAAUAACACUCGCUGCAGUUCUACUAGCAUGCAACUAUGGGAAUUUAAUUGAUGAAGGAGUUAAAAUUUUUUCCUCAAUGGAGAAGGAAUUUGGUGUAAAACCAGGGGAAGAACAUUGUGCUUAUGUUGUGGAGAUGUUGAGUAAAGCUGGUAAGCUCAAAGAAGCCAUUGACAUUGUAGAAACAAUGCCUUAUAGAACUUCCUCUGACAUUUGGAGGUCAAUUCUUUCUACAUGUGCAAUUCAUGAAGACCUGCGAGUUAUUGAAAGAGUUGCACAGAAAAUAAUGGAGAGGGAACCACAGAUAUCCUUACCUUACUUGGUAUUGGCUCAGGCAUAUCAGAUGAGGGGCAGAUGGGAGAGCAUGGUUCGAGUUAGGAAGGCUGUGGAACAUAGAGGGAAUAAAGAGUUCAUUGGAUGCAGUUGGGUUGGAAUAAAACAUCAUAUAUACACUUUUGCGUCUAAUCAAUUACAGCAUUAUGGUGGCAAGGAUCUUUAUCUGGUUUUGAAUUUACUGGUCUGGGAGAUGGAGACCGAAGAAGAAAAAGAAAAAGAAUGAAAUAUGCUGUAGCUGUUGGCAAGGAAUAUGGAUGUUGAAUUGGAAGGGAAAAAGGAGAAAAAUUAUGAUUUGGCUGGUACAAAUCCACACUUAUAUAAUGAAAUUGAGUUUUCAUUUUUAAGAGUGAGAUAAUAUGCUAUUGCACUUUUUUAUCUCCUUGAGCCA